CAGCUUUUAGACAAACAUCUAAACAAAUCGCAUACGUUGCGUUUUUAUUUGACCAAAUAAAUAGUUAAAUAUUCAUUUUAUGAUUUGUAAAUUGUUAUAAAUUAUUAAUAGUGAUAAGAAAUCCAAAAUGGAACAAUUACAAACUGCUUUGAUUGCCACAAAAGUUUUACGAUCAAGCGUUGGCCAAGUGUUUGAAUCCCUUGCUAAUGGAAUAAGAGCAGAUCAUGGUGAAGAAAAUAAAGAAUCCAAAUAUUUAUGUGAGCUCCAAGAACUCUUAACUGCUGUGAAUGUAAAUUUAAGAGAGGUUGAACAAGCUGUAAGUACUUUGAACCCGCCGCCAGGACCAUUUAAUUUAGCAAACACAACUUACUUAAGUCAAGAAACUACUCAAGAUCGACAAGCUCUGUAUAGCACUUUAGUAAACAGUCACAAGUGGACCGAUAGAAUUCAUGAAUACAGUCACAUAAUUCAAACUCUUCUCGGUCAGAAUUCUUUAAAAAGAUCUUACAUAAAUACUAGUAGAUCGAAGAGAGGACGUAUCCAAACUAGUACCCAUAAUGUUUCGCCUCAGCAAGUUGAUUCUAUGAUAGCUACUUUAGAUCGUCUCUACAAUGAAAUGACUGUAACAGUAUCUCGUCCUUUCGCUACCAAUCCUGUUUUGCAAGUAACACUCGGCCACGUUUUAAAAGGAGCAAUUGCAUUUAAGGGAUUAAUGGUCGAGUGGGUAAUCGUGAAAGGAUAUGGUGAGACGAUGGAUCUCUGGACAGAGUCAAGACAUAAAGUAUUUCGUAAAGUAACUGAAAACGCUCACGCUGCUAUGCUGCAUUUUCACUCACCUGCACUACCUGAAUUAGCAGUGAGAUCUUUCAUGACGUGGUUUGGGAGUUUUCAUAAUUUAUUCAGUGAGCCUUGUAAAAGAUGUGGACUACAUUUACAUAGUGCACUACCACCCACUUGGCGAGACUUUCGUACCUUAGAGGCAUAUCAUCAAGAAUGCAAACCUUGAAAAUUACUGAUUUAAUUAUGAAUUACGAUAUGUCAUGGGGAAGAUUAAUAAGUUGUGGAAUUAAAAGUCCAUUAAUGGUAAAUAUUGUAAAAUAAUUUUCACGCUCUAAUAUAUCAAAAAAGAUUGAUGUUAAUAUCAAAAUGGAGCUUUCUAUAAAUAAAUGAAU